AUUUUCUCCAUAAAAAUCAUGAGGAAAAGCAUCAGCAACAGCAACAGUAGCCCACAAUAAAAGCUGAAAAGAAGAAUACAAGAUCCACCUCGAACCUCUCUCCACUCCCCCACCCUGAAUUUUUUCACCACCAUCACCACGGCCACCACCGUCUCCAUCGCCGCUACCACCACUCCCACCGUUUCCUCUAUAUCGAACAACAAAUUUUCAAUCUUUUUGUCAUCGGCCCCUCUUUUUACUUUUUAUCAUUGAAUUCGUUAAUCCAGUAACAACCUCAUACAACAUUUCCCAUUAAUCAAUCACUUGAGAUUAAAAAGCGCCAGUUUUGUGAUAUAAUGAGAGAGGAAGACUCGAAUUGGUUCUCGAGAUCGGAAGAAGAGCUCCCUUCUCCUGAAGAACUCAUGCCACUUUCUCAAACCCUAAUCACUCCUGAUCUUGCUCUUGCUUUCGAUAUUCGAAACCCCAUCAAUAAUAAUAAUAAUAUUAGUACUUCACCCAACCAUCUCUCACAGCCAUCGCAGCAGCCGUUGCAGCAACUCACUCCUCCUCUCAGCGGCGGCAACAACCCUCUGGCCCCGUCUCCCCCCGAAUUUGCUGCUGAGAAUUCGGCGGAGUUGGGGUCCGGUGCCGGAAGCGAUGAACCCGCCAGAACCCUGAAGCGGCCCAGGCUGGUGUGGACCCCACAGCUGCAUAAACGAUUUGUGGACGCUGUGGCCCACUUGGGGAUCAAGAAUGCUGUGCCCAAGACUAUAAUGCAACUCAUGAGUGUGGAAGGGUUAACGAGAGAGAACGUCGCCAGUCAUUUGCAAAAAUACCGCCUUUAUUUGAAAAGAAUGCAAGGGUUAUCCGGUGGUGGUAACGGUGCUGGAGGAGUAAAUGGUGCUGGAGGCGGAGCUGCCUCAUCUGAUCCGGCUACUGACCAUUUGUUUGCCAGCUCACCGGUUCCGCCGCAUUUCUUGCAUCCGGGCAGGGGUAAUUCGGACCAUUUCUUGCCUUAUGUUCCGGUCGCUGCGCUGCAGCAUCAGCAGCAGCAGAUGGCGGUAGUGGCAGCUGCUGCAGCGAAUCCACAUUAUCAUAGGCAAUUGGGUCAUUUUGGGUCACCACCAAACGGGCAAUUCGAGCAUCCAUUUCUUGCUAGACAACCGUCUCAGCAACCGGUUCAUAGGAUAGGGGCACCAGUCCAUAAUUCGGUACCGGGUUAUGUGGAGGAUUUAGAGUCAGCUAAUGGAGGAAGGAGGGUUCUCACUCUGUUUCCUACCGGGGAUGAUUGAAUUGGCCUGUAGUUUCUCCAGUUAGCUUCUGGUGACGGAUAUUGGUCAUGAUGUCACUCUGAGCGUUAAUAAUGUUUCUAAGCUUGUCUAUGGAAGCAGUUGUUGCGGUCUUGUGAUAUUGUUAGUCUGCGUUUCUUGGAAGUGGCUUAAUGCCGCAGUAGUUGGGGGAUCAGCUGCACUUUCUUAUGUUACAGAGUCUUCUUAUCAGGGACAUAAUUCUUGAUGGUAUUGGUGGUGGGGUUUACUGGAGCAACAAAUUGACUGAAUUUUGAGCUUGCAGGUGAGGAUAAAUAAUGCUCGCAGGUUCUAUUUAUGUUCACUAUAAAUCGAAAAAUAUGGAAGUUGCUAUCCUUGGUUUCCACAUUUGUACUGAAUUUCUUGGCAAUAUCCAAAAAUCUCCUGCAUGAGAGUUAUCUUUUCUAUUUCUUAGUUCAAUGUUUUGUAGAGGUGAGUUGUCCUUGUUGUACAUUGUGUGACUCCAUAGAAGACUUUAGCUGCCCUUGAUGUAAGGGAAUCAUCAAACAAUUCUGAUGUUAUUAGAAUGCUAAAUUUAAGUUCAUGCCCCAUGGAACGUUAAAGUA